CCUCCACGGGGGAAGUGCGCAACUUUCGGAGACAGGCUGGUCCUCUGUUACUGUCAAGAGGUCCGUAGUCGUUUUGGCUCAAGCCAGCUUGGAGUCUCGCAGCCUCACACCCCUCGGCUGCUAGAAGCCCGCCCUGCCGCGGAGUGAUGGCGCCAGCGCCGCUUGCCGCUGCCCUGUUCCUGGGAUCGCUGCUGUCGCUGGCGAACGGGCACGCGUACAUCACGCAGCCCGCGAUGCGCGGAGGCGCGUUCAACCAGCCGCUGAACGGGUACUGCCCGCAGUGCCUCGGCUCCUCCAGCCUGCCCCUGCCCACCUGCGGCCAGCGCAAGUUUCUGGACGUGGCCGGUCCCGUGACAGAGCUGCGCGCCGGGGAGUUGGCCGAGUUCGCGAUCCGCAUGACGGCGCACCACAAGGGGCACUUCGUCUUCAGACUUUGCGACAGGCAUCUCGACGGCACUUCUGGCGGGUUCCAGGCGGAGGAGGCCUGUCUCAACGAGCACGUCCUGAAGCGCGCAAGGCCGGAGGAGGUGCACUCGGACUGCGGCCCGAACGACAGUCGCGGCGACUGCCAGCCAUACGACGAGGCCAACCCCGGCUACUGGUACCUGCCUCCUCCCGGCCAGUCCGAGUACAGGUUCCACUACUGGAUCCCCAGCAACCUCACUUGCCAGAGCUGCACGCUGCAGUGGUGGUGGAUGAGCGCCAACAGCUGCACGCCGCACCGCGACGCCUACGCCUGCUACUUCAGGGAGAUGGCCCGGAGCGGCUGGAACGCCGUCGCGUGGUGGGGAGGCGCCAGCGCCUCUGCCAACUGCCCCGCCGUGCAGGCGCCCCCCAGGGAGUGCGGCGAGCAGUUCAAGAACUGCGCUGACGUACGCGUCGUGGACGGCAGCGGCACCUUCGCGCCCACGCCGCCGCCGGCCCCCACGCCGCCGCCCACGCCUGCGCCCACGCUCGCUCCUGGCGCCGGCUGCGUGCACCAGACCGACUGCUCGCGCAGCGCCUGGUGCAACGACCCCAAGUUCACCACCUGGUGCCCGGGCCACCCGGCCAGCAACUGCCCGUCCCCCCACUGCACGGUGAGCGGCGGCCGCCCUGGCCAGGCGCCGACGGCCGCGCCGACCGCGCGCCCCACCGCGCCGCCGACGCAGGCCCCGUCCACGACUUCGGCGCCCAGGCCGACGCUGCCGUCGCCGGCGACAUCUUCAAUCACUCCCACGACGACCGGCAGCACGCAGCCGCCGACUCUGCCGUCGUCGACGGCGGGCCCGCCGUCCCCCACGGCGUCGCCGCUGCCCUCGCCGGCGCCAUCUUCGACGCCAGCGCCAUCGCCAUCGCCAUCGCCGGCGCCAUCCCCGGCGCCCCCCGUGAGCACUGCUUGCACCGAGUGCGCUGCGACGCACCCCGGCGCAGCUUGCGUCUGGCCGACGGGGCAGUGCUACAGGGUGCUGGAGGACACCUGCGCGCACUUCCAGGGCACCUGGUGCGGUGGCGCGCCCCCCACGGCGUCGCCGCUGCCCUCGCCAGAGCCAUCUCCGACGCCAGCGCCAUCGCCGGCGCCAUCCCCGGCGCCCCCCGUGAGCACUGCUUGCACCGAGUGCGCUGCGACGCACCCCGGCGCAGCUUGCGUCUGGCCGACGGGGCAGUGCUACAGGGUGCGGGAGGACAUCUGCGCGCACUUCCAGGGCACCUGGUGCGGUGGCGCGUCCCUGGUGGAGUCCGGGCGGACGAAGACCAAGCGCCACCACGCGUUUCUGGGCGUCGCACUGCUUCAGGCGCCUGCCCUGGAGCUGAGGCAGCACGGGGAGUUGUGAGGGCCACUGUGGGCCAUUUUUGACGUUGUUCGACGCGCGCGGCAUCGGCGCCCAAGCAGCGCCGAGGCGUGGACUGCGCCGGCCCCUGCUAGGAAAGGUAAUGUCCUGGCAGAGGGGGGGCGUGGGCACUUCUACAGACGCCGACGCCAUCAUUUGGCGCGCUUCCGCAGGCCAGUGUUUCAGCAAGAGCGCCUCGGAGGCACGACCCGCACCAGACGGGGCGCCCUUUCCAGCAUUUCUAAGCGCAUGGGGUUCUUCUCCCACCCGAAGGAGUAGUCACGUCAUGCGAACAGCCAACACACAAGUCAACCGACAAAAUGUCAAGAGGCAUGUGCUGGCCCAGACACUGCGAACGUCGACCUCGAGGCCUCGGCCCUCCCCCCUCUCCUCCCCCUGCUCCUCCUCGCCCCUCCUCGCCAGAGCACGGUCGGCGACGUCGACCAGCGUGCCCGCCUGCCCGCCACAGCGACAGUCGCUCGGCCGGGCGAGCACGUCCCCGCAAGGAAGGGCCCCGCGGCUCGCGCGCAUCGGCGCGCUCCCCUCGCGGGGCUCGCGCAGCGGCGGAUGCCGCUGCGGCCCGGU